GCCGGACGAGUCCAUCUGACGAUGACAGCCCCGGCUCACACCCCCCUGAUGACAGUGGACCCGGCCACGGAAGAACACGUCAUCUUCUACAACGUGUCGCUAACCCUCCGACAAAACAUCUCCCUGGUCAACACCUCGCUAUGGCCCCUCUACCAGCCCACCCUCCACCCCCACAACUUCACGUUCGAGGAGGUCACGGUACUCACUUCCGUUGGAAGAUCACCUGUUCGACCUCAAAUGGCCUUGAACAUGCUGCAGACUGUAGUCAAAACCGUCGACGACUUUGUCAUGCCGGCCGGCCUUGGCAUUGGGAUUUUAUGCAGCAUUCUACUCAUCUUAACCUUCAUGUGUACGCCGCUACGCGCAAGCGCGCUCAGCCACUAUCUCACCGCGCUAGGCAUCGCUGACCUGCUGUAUCUGACCUUCUGCGCCGUCCACUGGACCUCGCAGAAAAGUUUCGACAUCUACAACAAGAUCGGCUCCUGCCAGAUCACGACGUUCGGCCUCCUCUUGUCCAGAUUUCUCGCCACCUGGUACCUCUUCGCCGCACACGCCGAGCGCCUGGUCAUCCACUUCGGCUCCUGCCGUGCCAGAAAAUGGUGCACGACCUUCCGAACUAAAUGCUUCAUCAUCGGUAUCUUCGUCUUCUCGCUGGUCGGCUUCUCGCAUUACAUCUGGGUCUACAUCGUCUCGGAGCUGCGCGGGAUGGUCCAAUGCCACCUAAUGGAAGAAUCCAUCAAGUUCAUCAUGCAGCUGGGCAAAAUCGAGAUCAUCACCGCCUCGUUCUUACCGAUGUUUCUCAUCGUCGUCAUCGACAUCGCGCUCUGUUCCAGUGUCGUCGCCGCUUACGUCAAAACACUUUUCAACAACGCGAAAACACAGCGAGACAAAUCCUGGAGAGGGGAAUACAAACUCGCAGACACAGAACGCUCCAAAUCUCCGUCGACAAGAUCCGGCGAUUCAAAUCCUCCCCCUCCCAAGUUUGACAUUUCCCUGGAGCGGACGCGCGCGACGGUACUGGUGGUUAUAGCGGGGAUUAUUUUUAUUUGUCUGGUGCUGCCCUCGUCGAUAUACCGCGCCAAGAUUUCGUUUUCCAUGGGUUCGAGACCCUCCAUGGUGGAGAUCCACGCGAUGCAAAUAGCUGAGGCCUGCGUCAAGUUCAACAGCAUCUACAAACUUUUCCUGUACGUCGUCACGCUCAAAUCCUUCCGCUACGGCCUUCUUCAUCUUUUUAAAACGCCCUUUGAGCGGCGGGCGGUGGGCGAGCCUUUGCAGGAAACAUCCGUAUGACCUACAUCCGUCUGACAUUUGAACUGUGUUUUUAUA